GACGAAUUCCCAACACUUAUAAACCCUAAUUUGGCUCUCGAAAGCGUUGAUCACUUCUUUCUCCAACUGCCCAAACUUCUUAUUCUUGGCGCUGAUCUUUGAUCGAAGGUUUUAAUCACCAUGAUGCGGAAUUCAGCGGAGCAGUUUUCGCGAAUCGAGACUACAUGUGGAAUCUUGCUUCGCCAAUUACAGGAAAUAUGGAAUGAAAUGGGAGAGACUGAGGAUGAAAAGGAUGCUGCUUUGGCUGACAUUGAGAAGGAGUGUCUCUCGGUUUAUAAACAAAAAGUUGAAGAAGCUAGUAAGUGUAAAGCAAAUCUGCUGAAAGAAAUCGCUAUGGGGAGAGCAGAAAUUGCAGCCAUUGGUUCUUCUAUGGGUGGACAAGAAAUUCAUUCUAACAGCAGGGUGGGAGAAAACUUGAAGGAGGAGCUUGAGAACGUUAAUGUGCAAUUAGAGGGACUGCGCAAAAAGAAAACCGAGAGAAUGGAUCGGUUUAAGGAAGUUAUCGAUCAGUUACUCACGUUGUCAUUUCAACUUGGAAAUCCAACAGAUUAUCUGAAGAAGUUUGCUGCAGAAGAGACCGAUAUUUCUCUUCAGAAGUUGGAGGAAUUGCGUAGGCAAUUGGCUGAACUUCAGAAUGAAAAGAGUAAAAGAUUGGAAGAGGUAGAACGUUUACUGGAAACGCUGAACUUGUUGUGCUCGGUUCUUGGUGAAGAUUUCAAGGAAAUGAUAAGAGGGAUACAUCCAUCUCUGGUUGAUUCCAACACCAGAGAUGUGAGCAGAAGUACUCUUGAUAAGUUGGAUAUGAUGAUUGAGAAUCUACGAGAGGUCAAGUUACAGAAAAUGCAGAAGGUUCAAGAUCUUGCAGUCUCUCUGUUGGAGCUCUGGAAUCUGCUGGACACGCCUGCGGAAGAGCAAAAGAUAUUUCACAAUGUCACCUGCAGCAUUGCUCUGUCCGAGUCUGAAAUUACUGAGGCCAACAUACUUUCUGUUGCUUCUAUUAAACGCGUUGAGGAUGAAGUCAUUAGGCUAAGCAAGCUCAAGACAACUAAGAUCAAAGAGGUGAUCCUUAGAAAGAAGCUCGUGCUUGAGGAGAUAUCAAGGAAGAUGCACAUGGCCCCCCAAGUUCUGAAAUCAGAAAACUUUUCAGUUGAAGCUAUAGAAUCUGGUUUCAAGGAUCCUGAACAGUUGUUAGAGCAAAUUGACUCCGAGAUUGCAAAGGUCAAAGAGGAAGCUUCAAGGAGGAAGGAGAUUCUUGAAAAAGUGGAGAAAUGGAUGUCAGCAUGUGAAGAAGAGUCUUGGCUCGAAGAAUACAAUCGGGAUGAUAAUAGGUACAAUGCCGGAAGAGGAGCUCAUCUUACAUUGAAGCGUGCAGAAAAAGCCCGUAUUCUUGUCAAUAAACUUCCUGGGAUGGUGGAGGCGUUGACCGCCAAAGUCAAUGCUUGGGAGGAUGAAAGAGGGAAUGAAUUCUUAUAUGAUGGUGUCCGAGUUUUAUCGAUGCUUGAGCAGUACAAGACUCUAUGGGAAGAGAAAGAGUUUGAAAAACAGAGACAAAGAGAUCUGAAGAAACUCAAUGGACAACUCAUCACAGAACAGGAAGCUCUUUACGGGUCAAAACCAAGCCCAAGUAAAAGCGGAAAGAAACCUCUGAGAACUCCCGUAGCUGCUGGCAUGAACAGAAAACUAUCCCUUGGUGGUGCCAUGCUUCAAGGCAUGAAGCCUGAGAAGGCAACAACAUUCAAUAGCAAAAAGUAUAAUUUCUUUGACCAGAAUGCUAAUCGUAGAAGAGAUUCAACUCUUCCUAAUCCUUCAGGGAGGAGGAACUCAGAGCUUCCUGGUCAACGUCUUAGAUCAAAGAACGUUUCGGCUGCAGGAAAAGCUGUGACGAACAAAGGGAGAUCUCCGAUGCUUAGGAAGCCUCUUUCACCUGUUACUUCCAACAUCUUGAAUUCCCCAGAAGAUCACAAGGAUGCUUACACAACAAAGUCAUCUUCUAUAGAGGAGAGAAUCUUGACACCUACGACCAACGAAGUGAACAGAAAACCGGCGGUUCCUAUCUCUGUACCUACCACUCCGGCAGCUUCAGUCGCUAUGACGGAGGUGACAACGCCGUUCACUCCUUCGUUCGCGGCAGUGGAAAAGAGGAUGGGUGAAGAAGACGUUGUCGAGUAUUCGUUUGAAGAGGUUAGGGCCGGUUUUGCUAAACCGAGCUAGAAAAAUGGAUCUGGUUCACUGCUUUUGUAGAAAUCUCAAACCAGAGGUACUUCGUUGGAUGAAAAAAAUUGACAGCAAAACACAUUUUGUAUUUUGCGUUUUUUCUUUCUCACUUGAAUAGUUUGACAUUUUGCGUUUGUUAUUUCCCGCUUGAAUUCACAUUUUCUCUCACUUUAAUACGUACAUUUCCCACGGUUGUAAAACUUUUGCGUUUAGAAAAUCCAACCUGGGUGUACGGUUUCGAUUACUGUACUUUUUGUGUUUUAUAAAACGUUCAACAA